AUGGCGGCCGCCGUUGUGGGCGCCGGGCGCUCCUUGCUGCUGCUACGAUACCUGGGCUGGCGCGGGAGGGUCGCCUUCCGGGUUCUGUGCCGCGCCACCCGCGACGGCGCGAAGCAGAACAGGGAGGAGGCCAAGGCCGACGAGGACGCGGAGGUGGAGGGCAUUUUGCUCGAGUUGGCGGGCACGGCCCGGCGCGCCGCUGAGUCCGCGCCGGGCGAUCCGCCGCGCGAGGCCGGAGAGAUGCGGAAACGCGCCCUGCGCGUCCUGGAGAUCCUGCAGGUGCGGUUCUGCGACCUCCUGGGCUCUAAGGAGGACGGCAACUUCGAGGUGGAGGACCUCACGGGGCGCACGGCCAGCGAGUCCCUUGCCAUGGUGGCGCAGGAGCUGGAGCGGCGCGCCGGGCUGGAGAACCGGAAGAUCUGGGCCUUGGCGGCUCGCAGGGCGCUUUAUGUCGCCCGCAGGGUGGAGAGGCUGCACUGCACCAGGGAGAGCGAUUCCUAUGCGGUGGUGUCUGUGGCAGCACGUUCUGCUUUCCUGAUCCCAGAGGGCAAAGUGCCUGUACCGGUGGCCGAGCCCGGCCUGGGCUUGGAGGUCCGCGGCCUGUUCGAUGAGCUGGCGAACGCGGCCCAGCAAGCCGCCGAAUGGCCCGCGGCUGCGUGGCAGCCGGCGGGGCUGCGCCAAUUGGCGGAGGCCAUCCGAGGGCCCGCGGCACGCGUCCUGGAGAUCCUCCGAGUGGAGCCGAGCGGCGACGUGGACGUCGCGGACCUCAACGGACUGGGCCCCGGGCAGCUGCUGGAGGCGCUGUCGCCGGAGCUGCAGCGGCACACCACGGCGCCCGCAGGUGGCAGCAGACCCGCUGCCGAGGCUCGGCGGGCCUGGGCCCUCACUGCCGGCAGAGUGCUCGAUGUCGCCCGGCGGCUGGAGGAGGCGGGCCAGCUGGAGCCUCAGGCGGAGGCAAGUGAGGCAUCCGUAGAUGAGCAAUCGGAGGUUGCCACGCAGCCCACGCUGGAGUCGGGGACGACGCUGGAUGUGGCCGCCACUUCCGGCUGGCUGGUGCCCAGCUCGAGCGGCCGGCCCGAGAUCCUUGGCCGCGUGGACGAGGAGGAGCUGGGCGGAGAGGGUGAGGUUCGCGUUGAGGCAUCUCAGCGCAUUGUGCUGCAGCGGCAACUCCUGCGUGCCAAAAUCAGAACGUGCCCGGCAGGGCAUGACCUGCAUGAGCGGCAGUAUCAGCUAGCAAUCUGCGUCCUUUGCGAGGAAGAGCGAGGGGUGACCUUGUGUUGUUUCCAGUGCGAUUGGGACAUAUGCCAAGAGUGCGUUGGCCUGGCUGGCCUUCCACAUUCUCACGAUGCAGAUGAAGAUGCGCCCCGAAGGGCUGUUUGGUCGAUGCUAACGAGCCAAAGUAGCAUGCGGCAGCGGAUGGGCGAUCUCCCCGGAGCUGCAGCGCUCUUGGUGGCAGCCCUGAAGCAACUGCGGCCAGGUGACCAGGAUGUUGAUGAUCAUGACGCGGCCAACAGCUUGCACUAUGCUGGUGCCGACCACGUGAGCGUUGCAUCAACUUUGCAUGAGCUGGGCAUGGUGCGGAAGCAGAAAGGUGACCUGAAGCAAGCCGAGGAGCACCUGAAGGAGGCGCUGAGGAUGAUGAAGUGCGUCUAUGGUGGCGCCUGGAGCAAGCCGAGGAGCACCUGA